GGGAGUAUGUUAUCUCCUUCUCUUGUCCCUCCGUUACGGAAACCACUUCCCGCCAUGCCGCCGCCGCCGCAGCGUCCCGUCCCCUCCCCCGCUGGUCGGGCCAACCUAUUUUCCUGUCCCCCCCCUCCCCUUCCUAACCGCCACAAUCCCAAGAGCCGCGCCGUCCCUCUCCCUCCCAUCCCACCUCGCCGCCAGCACCCCGAGAACCAUCACCGGCAACCUUUCCAAGAACAAGCGGCAACGCCGGCUCCAAGAGCCACCCACGCCAACCCUGCCUUCCGCGCACCCCACCUACGUACCUCCUACCGGAAGCCUGUGCCCCCAGCCGCAGCCACAGGCAAGGGCGAGGCCCUCCUCACAACAGACCCCACAGACGCCGCCGCCGGGCGCUCUGUCGUCAUAGGUCCUACCGGUGUCACCUUCCGUCUCCCCGGUGCUCCGUUCGACUUUCAGUUCAGCUACUCCGAGGUGCCCCGCGCCGCGCCGCUAGCCAUCCGGGAACCCCCGUUCCUGCCCUUCGCCCCGCCGACCAUGCCGCGGCCGUGGACCGGGAAGGCACCUCUGCUGACCAAGGAAGAGAAGGCCCGGCGAAGGGGCGUGCGGCUGCACACGCCGCUUGGCCAGGAGCCGCCACGAACAGCGAGCCCGCACGGGGUCAUGAUGGAGGUGAGGGGGAGGAGGCAGCUGGACUUUGCCAGGGUGAGCCUCGGCGACGGAAGGAGCCGGGAGGAGGUCCUCGGGGAGCCGCUCACCUCAGCUGAGACGCGUGAGCUCGUCAAGCCUCAUAUGUCACAUAACCGGCAACUCAACAUUGGAAGGGAUGGGUUGACCCACAACAUGUUGGAGAUGAUACAUUGCCAUUGGAGGCGCCAGGAGGUCUGCAAAGUGAGAUGUCGAGGAGUACCGACUGUUGAUAUGAACAACCUUUGUUAUCACCUUGAGGAAAAAUCAGGUGGAAAGGUCAUUAAACGAGUAGGUGGAGUUGUUUUCUUGUACCGUGGACGAAAUUACAACCCACGCACCCGUCCUCGUUAUCCAUUAAUGCUUUGGAAGCCAGCCACUCCUGUUUAUCCGAAACUCAUCCAGCAAGCUCCUGAAGGACUUACAGUGGAAGAAGCAGCUGAAAUGAGAAGGAGAGGACAGAUUCUACUGCCAAUUUUAAAGUUAGCAAAAAAUGGAAUAUAUAUCAAUCUUGUAAAGGAUGUUCAAGAUGCUUUCGAGGGAAACGAUCUGGUGAAGAUUGACUGCAAAGGUUUGGAACCAAGCGACUACAAAAAGAUUGGAGCAAAACUGAGGGAUCUUGUUCCUUGCGUUCUUUUGUCAUUUGACAAGGAGCAGAUAUUAAUCUACAGAGGCAAAGGAUGGAAAUCCAGAUAUUUGAAGCCUCUCACUCCCUUUCCAAAAGUUGAAAAGAAUAACCUGGCAGUGUCAUCUGUUGUGGAUAGCACAGGUGAAUCCGCUGGUGCCAGCAACAAUGUGACAAUAAGAGAAGUAUUGAGACCCAGGAUGUUUAAACUGUGGAAGCGUGCAAUAGAGUCAUCCAUAGCAUUGUCACUAGAUGACGAUGAAACGAAUGCACUUACACCUGACACGCUUCUUGUGAGGGUUGAGGAGUUCAGUGUCACAUCGCAGGCUGUGGAGCAUUCAUUUCCAGCUUUGCUCGUGGGCAAUGUCAAGGGGGGCCCUGAAGCUGUAAAUGAGUCUGAAAAUGGAUCUGAUGAUGGAAUCAUUAGACCCCAAGAAAAUCAGUUUGAGAAAUCACUUGAUGCUGGCGAUGACGAUCACUUUGAAUACUACAUGCUCGAGCGUCUGGAGUCAUCGGCACCAUUGGGGUCAUUACCGAUUGACUCCGUCAUGGAGCAGUUGAACAGUGAGUAACAGCCAUAGAUGCCGUUACUACUGAGAGUUCAGGCUAAAUGGUUAAUGAAGCUGGUGAAGGAUUGGGUAAUGAUUAAAACACGGCCGGACUGGCAUGCUCGCAUUGUAUAGCCAUUUCCCCUGUUCCUCCAAAUUCUAGGCUGGAUGAUUGCAAAUGUGUGAUGAUUAGAGGGCUGUCCAUGAUGUACCAUGAAUUACCAUACAAAUUGACUAAUUGUAGUCAGCAAAGACACUCCUUUUUUGUGUAAAGGAGAGCGAACCCAUAUCCAUGAUCAAUAUAGAUAAUAAAGGCUGGUGCAUGCACGAAAA